UGGUCCAUUUGGUGAUAGAUGGCGGUCUAUGGGUGGCGGUAAUGCACUUGUCUGCGAUCCGCCGCAGAAGAAGAAGAAGAAGAAGAAGAAGAAGAAGAAGAAGAAAGACGUACACGCUGAAUCGGUGGGGGACUUCUGUGAAAAAAACACGGUGAUCCAUCUGUCUUGACAUGGCGCAGGAUUUCAAACCUGGUGAUUUGAUUUUUGCAAAGAUGAAGGGUUAUCCCCACUGGCCUGCAAGGAUUGAUGAGAUUCCAGAUGGAGCCGUCAAACUGUCAAAUAUAAAGUUUCCAAUCUUCUUUUUUGGCACUCAUGAAACAGCAUUCUUGGGUCCCAAAGACAUCUUCCCCUAUUUGACUAACAAAGACAAAUAUGGCAAACCAAACAAAAGGAAGGGCUUCAAUGAAGGCUUGUGGGAGAUUGAAAACAACCCUAAAGUGGAGCUUAACGGACAAAAGAUAAUGACAGCUGGAGCAAGUUCUGUUAAGGAAUUAAGCAGCAAUCAAGAGGGAGAUGAUGAGAAAAGGAGAAAAUCACCUCAAGUGGCUACCAGUGAAGUGGAGGAGGAGAAGGAUGAUGGUGGGGACAUGGAGAUUUCUGAUCAGGGACAUCUGAAAAAUGAAAACUCAUCACAGAAAAAUACCACAAAUGUUUCUGUCGAAGCUAAAAAAGGAAGAAAGAGAAAGAUUGAAGCUGAACAGGACUCUGAUACAGAAAACUCAAGCCCCACUUCAUGCGCUCCUGGUUUAGAUGUAUUAUCAGCAGGAGGACCGAUUCCAUUACUAAAGCGCAGAGGAAGAAAACCUAAAACGGAGAAAUCUCUGCAGCUGCAACAACAGGCUUCAAAGGAGCCACUGAGGUUAGGAAAAGAUGGAAAGAGAGAUGAUAGAAAAGGAGACAAGAGAAAAGGCGUUUCUGCAGAGUCCAGACUGCAUAAGUUGCAUGGGGAGAUUAAAUCAUCUUUAAAGAUUGAUAACCUUGAUGUGAGGAAAUGUGUAGUUGCAUUGGAUGAGUUGAGUUCACUGCAUAUUACUACUCAACAUCUUCAGAGACACUGUGAACUCAUAACUACUCUUAAAAAGGUCCGCAGAUUCAAAGCCAGCCAGGAUGUGAUGGACAAAGCCACAAUGCUGUAUAAUAAGUUUAAAAGCAUGUUUUUAAUGGGAGAAGGCGAGUCAGUGCUCAGUCAAGUGCUCAAUAAAAGUCUGACUGAACAGAGACAGUUUGAAGAGGCCAAGAGGGGAGUGCUAAAACACACAGAACAGACCAAAGAGCAGAAAGAUAUCAAGAUGUUGAAUGAAGACUUCAACCCUGAAGAGGAUGCUGAGACAAAGAGGGAGAAAUUUGGAGAGAAUAUCUUGUCUGUUGUGAAAAACAAUGUGACUAAUUCUAUGGAGGAGUCUGUCUGAAGAUGUUUGUUCACUGAAGAGCCACCAGUUGCCAAGUGGAAGAUCAUGUUCCGUGGGCAAGCCCCCUACAGAUCAUUAUUUUACUUUAUUUUUUCAACACUCUGUAAAGACAAAGAUGCUUUCCCAGAUGGCAGUGAUUCUGUUAUAACUGUUUUCAGCUAAAUGUAAUGUAUUCUAGAGAGCUCUGUUAGAAUUACGGUUAACCAAUGCAACUAUAUGCCAUUAAAAAAAGAAAAAGUUACACACAGUAUCAAAAGUGCCAUUUUAUAAUAGUAGAUAGAUAGAUUAGUGUCAAAAUAGAUAUACAUUUCUGUAUAUACAUGUCUAUAGUGGAUUUGAACUCGGGUCUCCCACACCAAAGGCAUGUGUCUAAUCCACUAUGCCAUCACCACCCCACCACAAUAUAUUUGUGAUUUUUUUUUUUUACAUUUAAGUUUUAUUGUAGCUUUGUUAUGCUGUUGCAUCUCUAAAAUCAUUUAUUUUAAUGCAGGAAAAUUAAGUACUCCUACAUUUAGACUGCUGUCAUAAAAAAAAAAAAAUCAGUUUUAGUCUUAAUAAAGUAGUUUACUUCAGAAACUCUUCUUUUGACCAUUUGAUACUGUUUGGUCAUUAGCAACCAAAAUCUGUUUUUCAUAAGCAACUUGGUUAAUUUUGUGGCAUUUGCUAUCUGAAUUUCAACAGAGUAUCUGUGAUUUUUACACAUCUGCACCUCAGGUCCAUGCUCUGUGACCCCACUACUAUGAUUCGUUUGUGCUGUUCCUAAAAGCUUACGAUUUUAAAUAAUAUCACUUAAAGUUGACAGUGGCAGGGAUAUCUAGCAGGGAUAAAAUUUCAGAAACAUACUUGUUGUAAAAUACUUGUCCUAUCACAUUACCACGCUCAAAGUCACUUAGCUCUUCAAAACGUCCUAUUUUUUCCGCAAAUUUUUGUAAAUACAUGAUGCCUUCUGACUGGGGAUGUCUCUUUUGCAGAGACCACUCGAAAUUAUCAAGAGUGCAAAAUAACUGUAGAAGGACUUCCAUCUCCUCCUUUGUGGGCACAUGUGCUUCAUUCAAUAAUCACCACAGAGACCAUUUUAAAAUGUGUUUAUUAGCAUAUUAACUUGAUUCUAUUUGAGUGUUCACUGGUCUCACAGCAGUUCUGAUUAUUCUAUGUAAAAGUAAUAUUCUGAAUCUGCUUUUAAUAGGUACCAGUCCAGCCCUACUGUACAUCUUUUUUAUGGUUUGUACUUUUCUGGUCGAUUUUCUUAUUUGCAAAACAAAUGUAUCAACAAU